GAAAAGUUUUUAAUAUUAUCAAGAAGUAGAGAGUUGACUUCUGUUUACAAAAGACGAGUCAAAAUUAUUUCAGAGGACGUCGGCUAGGAAUGUUUUUAGUUAUACAGAAAAAAACAAGCUUGAGUUAAGUAGAAUUCUAAUUUGCUCAACCUAAGUAACCUCUUAUUUGUUUCCCUAUUGAUACUUUAACAAUGAUUUCGUGUUAGUUGAGACACUUUAACCCGCUAAAUUACCCACUAAUUUAAUAUUGAACGAUCGUUUCGAUAAUCGCAGUAAAUACGAAGAUGACAAUAGCGUGCUGACUGCAAUGUGUGCACGAUGAAUCAGCAUAAAAUUCCGUUGCAAUUGCCUUGUGUGAGCACUUAAAUAGAUCCGGUCUCGUCCAGUGAUCUGCAGUUGGCAUUUGCAAUCGAAACCGUGGAAAUGUGCGACUUAAACGGCUUUCCGAUCACAACCUACGAUUCCGAACUCAAAAUCUGGAGCGGUGGCAGCGAACAAAGCUAUUUCAACGAUGACUUGACCGUGGGUCAAAUAAUCUUCAAGCAAUUGCAACGUGAACCUCAAAGGAUAUUCCAAAUUUCGCAUACGGAAAAUACGCGUCUCACCCGUUGGCAAAUGUUGCAGAAUGCAGCUAAAGUGAGUUGCUACCUGAGGGCCAACAAUUUUAUUACCACCACCAUCGAAACUACCGAUAUUGUGGGCAUUAUGGCCAGGAAUUCCACCCAUCUGGCUGCAAUAGCCUAUGGCUGUCUAUUCAAUGGUACUCCAUUUCAUGCAGUCAAUCCAAAUGUUGAAACCAAGAUUGUAAGCGACCUGUUUGCUAUCACCAAACCACGUAUUAUUUGCUGUGAUGCCAAGGACUACCGAAAGGUGAACGAAAUAGCCAAAUCUUUGGAUGCUCAGGUCAUAAUCAUAGAUGGUCAAGUGGAGGGUAUUACAAAUAUUUUGGAUCUACUACAAGUGAAGCUAAGUGAAAGCUACGAACCUACCAAAUUCAAGAGAGGGAUCGAUCGAACUAUGGCUAUUCUUUGCUCUUCAGGUACUACAGGGACUCCCAAAGCAGUGACUAUUUCCAACAGCCGCAAGCUCUUUCAAGCCUACAGUUAUCUUAACGCUGAUGAUGUCCAAUAUGCACCGAGCACUUUGGAUUGGCUGACGGGAUUGCUCAGCCUGGUAACGGCUGGUGUGUAUGGCACAGUUCGUCUCAUAUCCAAGGAAACCUUUAGCACUGCUCACUUUUUGGACAUGUGUGACCACCACGGCAUCACGUGGACUGUAUUGGCUAACUCACAUGUUGCCAUGCUGGCAAAUGCACCUGAUCUUCAGGCUAGGCAAUUGCUUAGUCUACGUCAUCUCCUCUUUGCUGGUGGUCACUGUUUGGUGGGUACUCUGGAGAAGAUGCAAUCGUUUCUCCAAGCCAAGGGUAUCCUGCGCAAUGCCUACGGCUUUACCGAAUUAGGAACAGUCGCUUCAAGCAAUUACAAAGUUGAUUCCAAACCGACAUCUGUAGGUCGUCUGAUGGCAAACAUUCGUAUGCGGAUAGUUGAUGACGAAGGCAGAAAUCUGGGACCCAAGGAAACAGGUGAACUCUUUUGCCACAAUGGACAAACCUGGCAAGGUUAUUAUGGUAAUCCUAAGGCCACUGCUGAAAUCCAAGAUCCCGCAGGUUGGUUUCACACUGGCGAUGUUGGUUAUUUCGAUGAUGAUAACUACUUGUAUAUUGUGGAACGUAAGAAGGAUAUGCUUAAAUAUCUGGGCAUGAUGUACUAUCCCCACGAAGUGGAAGAAGUCAUUGCCCAAAUGCGCAAUGUGGCGGAAGUCUGUGUCUUUGGCAUUUGGAAUGAAACGGAAGGUGAUGCUGCUGCUGCUGCUAUUGUGGCCAAACCUGGCAGCCAACUCCUAGCUUCUCAGGUGCAAGAAUUUGUCCGUAAUAAUAUUCCCGUACAGUAUAAGCAGCUAAAUGGUGGCAUUCAAAUUGUCCAACAGCUGGCAAAGAGCGCCAAUGGAAAAGUGAAUCGUCAGGCUGUUAAAGCGGCCUAUCUUAAUGAAUCUCAACACUGUAACUUAACAUCAAAACAAUGAUGAAGCA